AAUUUCUGAUUGGCGCAGGGUCAACCGUAAUACCUGGACAGAUGCUUCUAAUUUUUAAUUCGAUGGCGACAGAUAUGUAAGACCCAGAACCAGAAUCCAGAAUUACAACACCCACAUUUUGUAGCAUCAAGACAGAGGAUUUCAUUUCUGGGUUUGUCGGCAGGAACAUGGGUCGGAGACAGACCGACGUCGAAGUUGGUCGCUGUGCUCUUCUGGCCCUUCUCUCCUUGGCGAUAAUCUCCUGUUUACUGGCUUAUUUUUGCUUCUCUGUUGUCUUUAAUCCCUCUGGUGUUACAGUUUCUUUUGGUUCAACUCAAGAUCUGGGGACCCAACAGGAUGAAACAGAAGAGGAAAACCAGUGUUGCAGAGGGAUUGAGCAUUUGGAAUUAUGGGGUGAUGCAGUCAAAUGGGGAUCGGAGUUCAAGUCCAAUUCUGCGGAGCAGUGCUGCAUGGCCUGCAAGGAGAUGUGUAAGGGUGAUGAUGGACCUUGUUUGUGUGAUUCCUGGGUGUUUUGUGGAAACAGGGGUGCCUGUGGGUCUAGAUUUGGUGAGUGUUGGUUGAAGAAACAAAAGGAUGUCUUGGUUCCAGAUAGGCGAGACUCAGGAGAUCAAGUUAUGUGGACGUCUGGGUUAAUAUUUGGUAAAGGGGAGGGUAUUGUCGAGUUGAAAACUGAAUAUGGGGUUCUUCAUGUUAAACUAUUACCUGAUUGCGCUCCACAUUCUGUUUCCUAUAUUCUUGAGCUGAUGUCAUUACACCAUUGUGCGGGUUGCAAAUUUUAUCGUGCUGAAGCCCGGGGAAGCUCUUGGGAUUCUGAUGGAAACCACAUUGAACAUGCUUCGUUUGGCCCUCCAUUUGCACUAAUUCAAGGAACACUUGAAGCACAGGGAGUUACAUUCAAGGAUAUUCCAUUAGAGGCCUGCCCCACAGUGAGAAGGGGAUCAGUGGCAUGGGUUGGUUCUGGUCCAGGGUUCAUUAUCAGCCUAGCUAAUCACAAUGAGUGGAAGAAAGCAUACACCGUGUUUGGCUAUGUUCUUCCAGAAGAUAUGGCUAUGGUAGAGAAAAUUGCUCAACUUCCAACAGAACCAGAGGUGUGGAACAACAUUAACGUGUCUGUCUUGGAGAGACCAGUUCCCUUGAGGUUUGGAAGAAUUAAGAGAAGUCGUUGAAAGUUGAAGACACAAAAAGAAACAUGGCAUCAAAUCAAGCAGUAUGUAGAGUUCAUUAUAUCGAUCUUCAAAUGAUAUGAAAGUAUCCUUGUAGUAGUUUGAAAUAUGAAUACAUUGAUAGAAUGCCUGCCAAGAUUGUACACUAAAGAAGAGGUUGGUGUAAUGUACGAUAACCCAAAAUUGGCUAAACUCGUGCAGCAGUUUAUUUAUUGAAAUAAAACGUGAUUUUUUAU